CUGCUCUCCUCCAGUCCAGCAGGUGGCGCCAAUAUGCCAAAAACAAGUCAGCACAAAAAGCGAAGAAGAAGAAGAACCAAACAAACCGGUUGUCUUAAGUGAUGGCGUCUCGCCGGGCGCUUAAAGCCGUGCUCAUUGAUCUAAGUGGGACUCUACACAUUGAGGAUGCGGCUGUACCCGGAGCUCAGGAAGCACUCGCAAGGUUGCGCCGUGCUCCAGUGGCUCUCAAAUUUGUAACUAACACAACGAAAGAAUGUAAGAGGACGCUGCUUGAACGACUGCGGCGUCUCAGCUUUGACAUUGAAGAGCAGGAGAUCUUUACGUCACUGACUGCAGCUCGAAACCUGCUGGAGCAGAAGGAGGUGCGCCCCCUGCUGCUGGUGGAGGACAGUGCACGCGAGGACUUCGCAGGUAUCGAAACCUCAGAUCCUAACGCUGUUGUGAUAGGGUUAGCACCAGACCACUUCAACUAUGAAACGCUUAAUAAAGCUUUCAGGCUAAUUCUGGAUGGUGCACCUCUCAUUGCCAUCCAUAAAGCCCGUUACUACAAGAGGAAAGACGGCCUGGCGUUGGGACCUGGACCGUUUGUGACAGGACUGGAAUAUUCCACUGACACGCAGGCCACUGUGGUGGGCAAACCAGAGAAAACCUUCUUCCUGGAAGCACUGCGGGAUCUCAACUGCAGCCCUGAGGAGGCCGUAAUGAUCGGAGACGAUGCUAGAGAUGAUGUUGGCGGAGUUCAGAACACAGGGAUGCUGGGAAUAUUAGUCAAAACUGGUAAAUACAGAGCAGGCGAUGAAGGCAAAAUAAAUCCUCCUCCUCAUCUGACCUGUGAGAGCUUCCCCGAAGCUGUUAAUCACAUCCUUCAACAUCUGCUAGACACUAAAUAACUUAUCUGAUGCUGUUUAAGGGUACAUUUAAUAUGUGUAUACAGUAUGUGUGCCAAAAACACAAUAUAGUAAUUAAUUAUGUAGCAUUGUGUUAAAAUGUCUGGUGAUGCGGUUGUAGUUUUUGUGUUGGUUUCACUUGUCCUCCUGCAUUUGUAAGUUUAACUAACUAUUAGUCAUCUGACCAAGUAACGUAAUUCUUAAACACAACCACUGUUUAAAAAAAAUGCCUUGAACCUCUCCUGUUACAGCAUUACACUCCACACUCCAGGCUUGUACGAGGAAGCUGAGCCAAUGUUAUAAAUAAAAACUACACAGAUUUAAAAUGUCCA